AUGGAAGGUGCCAUGACACCGUCAUAUGCCGAUGGAAUGAAGGACAGAGCCAUGGUAAGGUCAGUCAUGGCGCCUGGCGCUCGAUCGACUCCACCUGACUCCUGGACGUGUCGUCCCGCCCGAGAGAAGGAUGAGCAGUGGCUGCGUCGAGAUGGUGUUGACCUGUUGGAGACAUUGGUCUUCCGGCGAACGGCGUGCUUCAGCAGGAGUUUCAGUCAAGGCUGCCAAUGGCCAGUGAAGAUGGCCUCUGCAACGUGUGGUGCUGGCUACGAGCCUCUUUUGAGGAGAGCCAAUGCAGAGACGCAACGUAGUCGUGUUAGAUAG